GACCAAGAUGGUGGCGGCAGCGGUAGCUGUGUCCCGGCUUUCUCUGCUGCUAGGCGGGUCCCGCCCGCACGUGCGGCGGCCUAUGUCGAGUGGCGCCCACGGCGGGGAAGACUCAGCUCGCAUGUGGAAGACCCUCACCUUCUUCGUGGCGCUCCCGGGGGUGGGAGUGAGCAUGCUGGAUGUCUUCCUGAAGUCGCACCACGGGGAGGAGGAGAGACCCGAGUUCAUCGCCUACCCCCACCUCCGCAUCAGGACCAAGCCUUUUCCUUGGGGAGAUGGUAACCAUACUCUGUUCCAUAACCCUCGUGUGAAUCCACUUCCGACUGGCUAUGAAGAUGGAUGAAGAGAACCUGGACCAUCAUUACCCGGGCACCGGGCAGCAUGGCUCUGACUUGGACCAUUACUCUGCACUCGGACCAGAAAAGCGUAUGGGACCUUAAGCUCACCUUCCUUACUUGUAUCAAACGGUGACCAUCAUACUGAUCUUCCAUCUCUUUGCUUCUGCAAGAGAUGACCUAAAUAAAUAACUUAA